AUGAGGAUUGAAUCGCUGCUGCAACAUGAUGUAGUAGAGCGAAUCCUGGAGAGACUUGCGGUGAAUUCUCUGCCUCGAUUCAAGGCUGUAUCGAAGCAAUGGAAAUCAACAAUUGAAUCCCAAUUCUUCCAAGGAAAACACUUGACGCAUCGUCAGCAAUCAGGAGAUCCAGUUGUUCUCAUGGUGACCGUAUAUAAUGACGACUCCCCGCACGUGGGAUCCCUACUCCUUGGGAGCAGAAGGACAAGGAACCCUACUACAUUGAUCAUAUAA